CAUUUUAGCCUUUCCAAUUUAAAAGGAAAAGAAAACUUGCAUCGUGAUUUUGUCAUUUUCCCAACUUCUUCCCCCUUCCUUUCUCUUCCUCGAUUAGUUUGACUGAUGUCAAAGAAUUUUACAAUUUUCGUGGGAUAUUCACGACUUCUUUCGUCCAAAUACCAAUACCCGUUAAUAAAAUGAUUCAGAUACCAACUAAAAAUAUCAAAACUAAACCGUGUUUCCACUUUCCAUGAAGUUUCUCCGAUGUUCAACCUGCAGCUUCUCUCGAGCAUUCACCUCCUCCGCCUACGCUUACCGCAACUUCCAUGAAAAUGUCAGGUUUUUCCUAACGAAGGGUCGUCUGGAUGAAGCACUGACUCUCUUUUACACUUCAAACAUCACUCAUACCCAACAAACAUACGCCGAUCUCUUCCACGCAUGUGCCCGCCAUGGCAACCUUUCUCAAGGCCGAGCUCUACAUCGCCACAUGCUUGACACUCACAAUCAAAAUACCUUCCCUAAUCUCUACGUUUCCAAUCAUCUGAUCAAUAUGUAUGCAAAAUGCGGCUCUUUGGAAUAUGCACGUAAGCUGUUCGAUGAAAUGGGUGAGAGAAAUAUUGUGUCUUGGACUGCUCUUAUUUCAGGUUAUGCCCAAUCUGAAAGACUCCAGGAGUGUUGUACAAUGUUUUCUAGAAUGUUAGGGGAUCACCGCCCAAAUGAAUUUGCAUAUGCAAGCGUGCUAAGUUGUUGUGAUCUCGAGGUUGGCAAACAGGUGCAUGCACAUGCCAUGAAAACAUGUUUGGAUGCUUACACGUAUGUGGCAAACGCAUUGAUAACAAUGUACAUGAAUAAUGAUGAUAAAAGUGAAGCUUUUGAGGCUUUGAUGGUUUUCAAGUUUUUGAAGUCUAGGAAUCUUGUGACAUGGAACUCCAUGAUUGCAGCUUUUCAGACUAGAGGCAAGUUGGAAGAAGCUUUAAAUUUGUUCUCAUUGAUGCGUCAUGAUUCCAACAUUGGUUUCGAUCGUGCAACCCUUCUUAGCAUCUUUUCUUCAUUACUGAUAGGAAGAAGAGACUAUGGUCAUAACAUGAUUGCCUCAUGUCUCAAGUAUUGUUCUCAGGUACACUGCCUUGCCAUUAAAACAUGGUUUAUCUCUGAAAUAGGAGUAAUAACAGCAUUAGCAAAGGCUUAUGCAGAUCUUGGAGCAGAAAGCUUUGACCUUUCCAAUCUUUACAUGGAGUCAGAAGGCAAGAGAGAUAUCGUUUCUUGGACUGCAUUCAUAACAAUCUUUGCAGAAAACGACCCUGAAGAAUCCCUUCAUAUUUUCUCUGAAUUGUGUCAAUCUGGUUUGAGUCCAGAUCAUCACACAUAUUCCAUAGUGUUAAAAGCUUGUGCAAACCUAGUCACUGAUCGACACACCUUAUCUAUCCAUUCUCAAAUACUCAAACAUGGUUUCCAAAACGACACUGUGCUUGCAAAUGCAUUGAUUCAUGCAUAUGGAAGAUCCGGUUCGCUUAUCGAAUCCAAAAAAGUUUUCGAUUCGACUCUUAUUAAAGACAUAAUCUCUUGGAAUACAAUGAUAAAGAUUUACGGAUUACAUGGUCAACCAAAAGAUGCAUUGAAAUGCUUUUCAGAAAUGAAUUUGAAUUUAUCCCCUGAUGCCACCACCUUUGUAGCUCUCCUUUCAGCCUGCAACCAUGCUGGUAUGGUUGAAGAAGGGAGCAGGAUUUUUGAAAGCAUGCUCAAAACAUAUAAGAUUGUUCCUCAACUCGAUCACUAUGCUUGUAUGGUUGACAUUCUUGGAAGAUCUGGUCGCAUUCUAGAUGCUCAAAAGCUUAUAAACAAAAUGCCAAUGGAACCCGAUUCUAUAAUAUGGAGUUCUAUGCUUGGAGCAUGUAGGAAACAUGGUGAACACAAGCUUGCAGAGUUAGCAGCUGCAAAACUACAGGAAUUGGACCCAAAGAAUUCCCUUGGUUAUGUAUUAAUGUCCAACAUACAUUGCUCAAUUGGUACUUUCAGUGAAGCUCUAGAUAUAAGAAACCAAAUGAAAAGAUGGGGUGUGAAAAAGGACCCUGGUUUAAGUUGGACUGAAAUUGAAAACAGGGUGCAUGAGUUUGGUUCAGGUGGGAUUCGACACCCAGAAAGAAACUCCAUAUGUGAUGAUUUGGAUGAGUUAGUGAGUGAACUAAAAGGGUUAGGUUAUGUGGCUGAAACUAAUUUGGCUUUGCAUGAUAUAGAAGAGGAAGAUAAGAAUCGAGAGUUGAAUUACCAUAGUGAGAAGCUUGCUUUUGUUUAUGCGUUAAAGCAUGGUGAAUCUAAGUGUUAUGGAGGUGCUAUUAGGAUUGUUAAGAACAUACGUAUAUGUGUUGAUUGCCAUAACUUUAUGAAAUUUGCAAGUGAGUUUGUUGGAAGGGAAAUUAUAGUGAGAGAUUCAAAUAGAUUUCAUCAUUUUAAAGACAGAGUGUGUUCAUGCGAUGACUAUUGGUGAUGGUGGAAUUACGUCUUACCUUGUAGGCCAACAGGACCCACCUGUGUUGGACAUUAAGAAGUCAUCACAUAAAAAGCUAUCAAAGUGGCUACGGGACCCACACUUGUCUAGAAACAAGGAAACCAAAGUUGGGAACAUCAUCUUACCUCUAUAAGCAAAGCAGAUAACUGACAUUACGUGCACUUAAAGAUCAAAUCCAAAAGAAAUGUGAGGUUCGGGUGUUCAAGGCCAAUGCUUUUGCAACCAAGCAUGUUUUGAUUGAAAUCCCAUUUUGAAUGACAAAAAGGACAAUCAUCAACAUGUUGGUGAUCUGAUCUUCAUUGUUAGAGUGCAUCAAGUUUAUUGAUUGUCUACAUGGAAGAAUGCAUACUCUCCCUUAGUGACAUCGAUCAUGAGUAAUGCAAGAACAAAGGGCUCAAAACCAGGAUUUGCAAGGCUCAAGAUGGAUCUUAGCAAAAGAAAUGAAUCGGGGUUUGAAAUCAUCUUUUUUUUUUUUGUCUUUAAGUUGGUGUUUGGUUUGCUGAUAAAUAAUAGCAAGUAGUAGUAUGUUUAUUAGGCUUGUGUUGUUGGUAUUGUGGUUUGCAUAACUGUUGAUGUUAUUAUUAUUAUUAUUUUUUGCAUAUGGUACCUUUUUUUGUUAAGACACUACAUAUGGUACACUUUAUGUCGUAGUUAAUGAAUGCAUCGUCAUGCAUUUUGGUUAUUACUAUUGUGUAAUUUGCUAGUUCUAUUGAUAUGCUAUCAUUGAUAGAAGUGCUUCCACA